AUGAAGUCGAUUUUAGCAUUUGCCGUGGGUCUUCUCCUCCGUAGUGCAGUCGCUAUGUCACCCGAGGUUGACAGCGAGGGAUCUUUCUACGCCCACAGAGUCGUGAAGAGACUCAAAACAUCGCAAAUUACAUACUUCCCAGCAGAAAACUCGACAGGCACCGGAGUUCUCGUCUGUCCCGGAGGCGGAUAUGCCCGUGUUUCCAUAUCAAAGGAGGGAUAUAUCCCCGCUGCGUACCUGAACAAGCUAGGCAUCGAUGCUUGGGUUCUCGAUUACACCACCAUCUCAAAUGCAACCGCGCCGCUGUACCCAACACCCCAGAACGAGGCACUUGACGCCCUCGAGUACAUCAGAGGACAGAACCGCACGAUCAAGCUAGGCAUCUGGGGGUUCUCGGCAGGCGGCCAUCUCUCUGCCGUGACACUCACCAACCCGGAGGCCCGUCUUGAUUUCGGCAUCCUCGCAUACCCAGUCAUCACCCUCGAGGGAAAUUACACGCACAAAGGCUCACGAGACAAUCUCAUUGGCGCCAACGCGAGCGCGGAGUUGCAACACGAGCUGUCGGCGCAGAACCGUGUCUCUGCGACCACGCCGCCAACCUUUCUGUUCCAUACGUUCAGUGACACCACUGUCCCUGUUCAGAACACGCUCCUCUUUGCUGAGGCCAUGGCAGUCUACAAGCGGCCGACGCAAGUGCUGAUCAUUCCGGAGGGAGGACAUGGGCUGGGCUUGGCUCUCGAUGAUCCUAAGCGCAGCUGGACCACUGAGUUGUCGCGGUUUUUGAAAUAUUCAAUUUAA